AUGCGCCUCAACAUCUUCCUGCUGCUCUUCGGAGCCCUGGUGGCUCUCGCAGCUGCAGAAUCCGCCCCGACCUUCUGCAAAUGCACAUGCUUCACCAACAGCACCAUCGUGCGCCUGGGGCCCAAGGACUCCAACGGCGCCGACCCGGCCCCCACGCCGCCUUCGCCGAACAACAACAACAACAAUUUCUUCCGCUCGCUGAAUCCCUUCACCACCUCGCCACCCCCCGCCAACGCCCUCGCUCGGCGCGCCGCCUCGAGCUCGUGCGCCCAGUGCACCCGCGCCUUCUGCCUCGGCUACAACCUGCCCAUCUGCAAGGACGCCCAGGAGAAGGACGUCGUGACCAUGUGCUUCCAGCGCGACAGCCGCAAGGACAUGAUCAUCGUCUGGGGCUUCAUCGUCGGUACCCUGGGCCUGCUCGGCUGGGCCGCCGUCAAGAGGUUCGUCGAGUUCCGCGAGAGCAAGAAGAUCGGCGCCGGCGGUGGCAUCGGCCUGCCCACCGGGCGGGCGGGGCAGGAGGACAGAGGGGCCUAUGCACCCGUGGGGGUUUCGCGGUGA